UUGCAACACAUACAAUUUGUAGUUGUGUCAUUUUUGUAAAUUGUAAUCAAUGAGGAACGAGGAUUGAAAAUGGGAAAUGGGAAUGAUUUUUGAUAAUAAUUUGAGAUUUCGAGUCGCUUUUGAUGCGUUGGAAUAUUUACCUUUGUAAAUAUCGAACUUCUUCACUAUUUAGCUUUAUUUCUAUAUUUAUAAGAAGAGACGGAACAAUCAACAAUGACUACUUUUGAUUCUAAGUACGAUCCUUAUUUUCAGAUGUACCCUGCAGGGGAUGUGGGGGUCGUGGAGGGAGAAAUGAAUAUACCUAACAGAGGAGUCCCCUCUGGUGACAGUAUGGAGUUUAACACCCUCGAUGAGCCAAUUAAAGAAACUUUUCUGAGAGAUUUAAGAGCUGUGGGCAACAAAUUUUACCAUGUCCUUUUGCCUAGAGAGAAAACAAGUUUAUUAAAAGAAUGGGAUCUCUGGGGUCCGUUACUCCUGUGCACGUUCAUGGCGACAAUCCUACAAGGCUCCUCCGACCCAGACACCAAGAACGGCGACGGUGGCCCCGAGUUUGCUGAAGUGUUUGUGCUUGUGUGGAUAGGAGCAGCCAUUGUUACAUUGAACUCCAAGCUUCUUGGCGGAAAUAUGUCAUUCUUCCAAUCAGUAUGUGUCCUCGGCUACUGUCUGCUCCCCGUAGCGCUGGCGCUAGUGGUCUGUAGAAUAAUCUUGUUCACUACACAAAACACAUUCCUAUUUUUCCUGCGAUUCGUCAUAUCUAUGAUGGGAUUCAUGUGGGCUACUUUGGCGGCCACAAAAUUCCUCGGAGACAGUCAGCCGGAGGGCAAAAAGGGUCUUGCCGUUUAUCCUAUAUGUUUGUUCUAUUUCAUUCUUUCGUGGCUAGUCGUAUCUCACACCGCUUAGACGCACAAACAGUUAUAUUGUGAUAAAGACUUGUAGGUUAAUUGUGAAUAAAAAUUUAUCCAAUGUAAUUUAAGUUAUGUUUAAAUUAUAUAAAUCUAUUUAUGGUGUACACUGUACGGUUUCUUGGAAUUAUGAAAUAGAAAGAGUCAAAAACGUUUUGCUAAGUUGACGAUAUUGACAAAUCAAUGAAAAACAUUUUGCUUAAUGUAUUUACUUCUAUGUACUCUGUCGUGUGUCUUGACUCCAAUUGAAAUUUUACUUUUAUCGAAAUUACAUUCUUUAUUUUUAUCGAAAAUUGUCGAAUCUUUUUGAUCUAUGGCAACUAUACAAAUGGCAUAAUUAUAUUUCUCUAUUCACUUGAAACUAAAUCAAAACAAAAUGGUUGUCGUGUAAGACACAUUAGUAUUACCAGUUGAGAAUAUAACAGCAUAAUGUUUUAUUUCACUGCAAAGGUUUUAAAAUGUGAUAUAAAUAGUAUUGAAUUUGUCGUUGAAAAUAUGAAGAGUUAUAACGGAAAAUUAAAUGAUUUAUUAAAUUAGUAAAUUCCGGGUAUGACUAUUGUAAAAUUGCAUUAUUGUUAUUUAGUGUGUAUUAUUAUAAAUUUUCUCAUAAAUAUUAAAGUAUCGCUUUACUCAUGGCCAUUAUCUCUUAAAAGAAUAACAUUUUAAAACCUUUGUAAAUUAUUUUAUUCAAAAUAGAAAUACUCGCAAAAAAGAAGGAAAUACUACCAGCACAUUCCAAUUAUUUAUUAGGUGUUUCAGUAUUUUUUCUAUUUAUAUAUUUUUAUUGUAUUUAUCAUUUCGUCCAUCCUGUCCAACACUUCGUGGUACAUGUACGACCAUCAUACUUAUAUUAAGGACACUUUUGUACAUAUUUAUUAAUAAAAAACAUAUUUUCCGUC